AUGGCGCCGAUUGCGGAUUUCCUUCUGGCUUAUGUACCUUCUAAUAUCCCCCAUUACUUGACGACCUAUGUACAAGGCAAAACUCCAUUGUCCACCGACGUCGUGGUCUACUCAGCGCUCGCCUCUUACCUCGCCAUCAUCUUCGGGAUUCAGGCCAUCAUGAAGAACCAGAAACCGCUGAAGUUGACGCUGUUGUUCCAAAUACAUAACGUUAUCCUCAGUGGAGGCAGUCUCUUGCUCCUGGUCCUCAUGCUCGAAGAAAUUCUCCCCAUAUUUUGGAAGCACGGCAUAUACCACGCUAUGUGUGCUGAGGCAUCGUGGACACCUCGCAUGGAAUUUUAUUAUAUGAUCAACUAUUCGUUCAAAUAUUUAGAACUCUUAGACACGGUUUUCCUCGCGUUCAAAAAGAAGCCCUUAGCAUUCUUGCAUGUUUUCCAUCACUCUGCAACUGCUCUCCUAUGUUAUUCGCAACUCAACGGCAAGACUAGUGUGUCAUGGGUCGUGAUAUCUCUCAACCUGAUGGUCCACGUCUUGAUGUAUUAUUACUACUAUGCCACGGCUGGAGGUGCUAAGAUAUGGUGGAAGAAGUACUUGACUACUAUGCAAAUCGCUCAAUUUGUCAUUGACCUGUUUGUUGUUUACUUUGGCACCUACCAGCACUUCUCGUACGUCUACUGGGCCGACACCAUGCCUCACAUCGGUAACUGCGCAGGCACAGAGCAGGCUGCUUUGUUUGGCUGUGGUCUUCUUAGCAGCUACCUGCUCCUGUUCAUCAACUUCUACAUCCAGACGUACAAGAAGCCUUCGAGGGGUCCGAAGCCCACCGCUAAUGGUAACGGCGUUGCAAAUGGGAAAGCCAAUGGUCAUGCGUACGUGGAGUAG